AUGUCCACGACUGCGACAACUACUGCCACCCAGCAGAACGAGGUCUCUGUGACUCCGGUUGCCGCAGUUCCCCCGCCCCAAGCAGGUGCGCAGGCAUCGCUGGCCACGGGAGGCUACGAAUUUCCCGGCAUUCCUCAGAUCGAUGACCCUUACAAGAAGCGCCAAUGGCAACUCGAGCACAUGGCCGGUGCUUUCCGUGUCUUUGCUCGCAAGGGCUUCACUGAGGGCACCAGCGGCCAUAUCAGUGUUCGGGAUCCUGUCGACCCGUCGACUUUCUGGAUUAACCCCAUGGGAGUGCACUUUGGCAUGCUCAAGGCCUCCGAUAUGGUGCAGAUCGAUGAAGAGGGCCAGGUCAUUGGCGGGAACCGCACGGCCGUCAACGCUGCCGGCUUCAUGAUUCACAGCGCGAUUCACCGCGCGCGACCGGACGUUCAUGCAGCGUGCCACACGCACUCGCCGGCUGGCAAGGCCUGGUCCACGUUUGGUCGCCCCCUCGACAUCAUCAACCAGGACACCUGCAACUUCUGGGGUACCCAAGCUGUCUACAAGGCAUUCGGCGGCGUUGUCUUGGGUGCCGAGGAAGGGGUGCGCAUCGCUGAGGCGCUGGGGAGCGAGGGUCGUGUGAUGGUCCUGCAAAACCACGGACUGCUGACCACCGGUGGCACCGUUGACGAGGCUGCAUACCUCUUUACUCUCAUGGAGCGUUCCUGUGAGGUCCAGAUCAUGGUGGAGAGUGCCGGUCUGCCCAAAAAUUUCAUUGGAGAGACCGAGGCCAAGUACACCGCGAAGGUGAAUGCGGAUCCGGAGACUCUUUACACUGAAUUCCAGCCCGACUUCGACUAUGAGAUUUGGAGGUCCCACGGUGAGUUGAGCAAGGGCGAAUAA